AUGUUUCUUCGGAAAAAAAUUGUCAAAGGAGUUGCUGCCGGGGUUGGUCUGGCCUCCGAGAGUAUCACCGCCUACAAGACGAACAGGAGGUCCCAGAAUGCAUCGCCUACAGAAGAACAUUCUUCUGAAUCAUCCACCACGACGCCUAGCAUCCCUCAGCAUGAACAUCAACAUGAACAAAUUAUGGAAGAGCAACACGAAGCAGAAUGGGAGCUUGACGAGGUUCAAGAUCAGCUCCAUCACGACUCUCCGCCCGAGUAUACACCCACACAAGAUGUCGAUCAACUAGCCCGCGCCUUUCUGGAAUCCCAUCCCGCAGCGUACUCGGUUCCCGCUGGACACCCACAACUCUCCUACCCGGUGAUCCUGCCGCAACGACGACCUCGAUCGCGUAAGCGUGGCUUCAUCCGGGCAUACGCGCCGGUUCUGGACGAGUUUGGCAUCGAACAGGCCAUGUUCAUCGACUUUCUGGAGACAUCCAAUAAAGCAUGCCAGGCUGCGGGGUGGAUUGCGGCGAUUAACUUGGCCUCCAUCGGCACGAUGUUCAUGCCGUCGGCGAUAGGAAUUGCUGUAUCCAUCAUGAUCCAGGUCGGAACCGACGUUGCUAUCGCCGCCGAAAACCGGAGAAAAACAAAUACCUACUUUGAUAAAAUCAACCAGGAGAUGUUUCAUCCUCGUGGCCUGCACUGUCUCGUCAUGACCUGGAAACCGGAAUCUGAUUCCCCUUGUGUUAGCUUCGAUUUGAACUCGGCUAUCUCGAACUCUGUCGACCACGGAGGAUCUGGGUGGAUGAACAAGAUGAAACAUAAGUAUAAGUCAUCCGACGGAAAGACGUAUGGGAACUUGCCCUUCCCCGAGACGGCCCCGCUCGUAUUCCCGGAUCUUGAUGAGCUGGCGGUGCAGAGCCCCGAUGCGGAAAAGAAGUUGAAAGAAGCCAAUUCGCGACGAGCCUUUGUGGCGCAUUACUUGGAUCGGAGAGGCCAGGCUGAGUUUGUACGUUUCUCUAUCCUCAAUUCUGUAUGCUUCGUUGCGAUGGGACAGCUAAUGGUCAAUCAGAUAAUGGAAAAUCCAACUAGCGACCUCAACAAAGCCCCCAAACCUGAAUUCACAUCCCGCUACGCAGACCCAAGUCAUCCCGCCAGCAGCGGUUCUCUCAUGGGCCUUGUCACCGGUGGUCAUAUCACAGGCGACCAGAUUCGCCCGAUGCGCGGGCGAGGCGGUGGACUCGGUGGUAGUUUCCUCGGCCGGGGUCCGAUAGGCCAGGUCAUCAGUGGAGUCCAGGCCUCGAGGUCUCGGAGCACAGGUGGGAGUGACCAACCACAAUCCCAACACCGUGAAUACGGGCAAAGUCCCGGCGGAUUCGGACUUGGAUCUCGGAAUCCGCGCGAAGGUUUACUUGGUGGAGGGAUGAAGAAGAUGUUGAAAUCGAAUGUUAUGUAUUUGAUGAUCGUGAACCUGCCGUCGGAGGAGGAAAUGCGGCAUGCUCGGGAGAUGCUUCAUUGUUGA